CCUAAAGGGGGCGUGUCUUCCCAAAAUGCCGCAAGAAAGCUGGGUAAUUUACACUUUCCAACCCGGGCGGUGGAUUUACGAGACAAAUAAAAAGCAGCAUUAGUGCAGCUGCAAACUCCUCCAUUCACUUUUAACACCUACGUCAAUAUUGGCGCCAGACCGAGGCUCGGUUUGUAACUUCUCCGGAAGUAGAUAGAUAUCGCUAUUUGUUUACGGACCUGGAAACACCAUGUCAUGGUACUGCUGCGAGGGAUUCAUGUCGGAAUAAAACUUUCCAUCGGUUUCCAGUGAAUCCUAAAAUACGCCGAGAGUGGAUUGUGAAAAUAAGGAGAGACAUUGGUCCACAUUUUCAGGCUUGGCCUUUUCCCUGCUGGCCUCGUUGCCUGCCAGCUAUGGGCUCUACACAGCCUUCUUCCCCACUAUAGUCUACUUCUUCCUGGGCACCUCCCGGCACAUCUCAGUGGGCUCCUUCCCAGUUCUGAGUCUCAUGGUGGGGCAGGUGGUGACACGUCUGGUGCCGGACACAGGGCCUACAGCCAACAUCACCGGCUUUGAGGGACUCACUCCAAAUGAGCAAAGGGUCCUCGUCGCCUCCUCUGUCACCUUUCUCACCGGACUGAUCCAGUUGGGGAUGGGACUGCUGCAAGCAGGCUUCAUCGUCAUCUACCUGUCGGACACCCUGGUGUCCGGCUUCACCGCGGCUGCAGCCAUCCUCAUCCUGGUGUCGCAGCUGAAGUUCAUCUUGGGUCUCACUGUACCUGGAAUAAGUGGGCCGCUGUCCCUUAUAUAUACACUGGAGAAAAUCUUCUCCCAGAUCACAUCCACCAAUAUCUGUGACCUGGUGAUGUCUAUGGUGAUCAUGCUAGCUGUGUUUGUAGUGAAGGAGAUCAAUGACAAGUACAAGUCAAAGCUUCCGGUGCCAAUACCUAUAGAAGUCAUUAUGACCAUAAUUGCAUGCGGCGUAUCGUAUGGCUUCAACUUCAAGGAGCGGUUCAGGAUAGACGUGGUGGGUCAGAUGGUGAAGGGAUAUGAGUCCCCAAUGCUUCCAAAUGUGGAAGUCAUGGAAUGCAGCAUAGCAGAGGCGAUCCCCAUGGCUGUAGUGGGAUUUGCGGUGGCCUUUUCUGUGGCCAAGGUCUAUGCUGUCAAACAUGACUAUGUCAUUGAUGGAAACCAGGAGCUGGUGGCUUUUGGGGCCAGCAACAUUGUUGGUGCGUUGUUCAGAUCGACUGUGGCGAGUACGGCCCCCUCGAGGACAGCAGUGCAGGAGAGCACAGGAGGGAAGACACAAAUUGCAAGUCUUAUUUCGGCCAUGAUGGCAAUGAUUGUCACUGUGGCGAUCGGGUUCCUGCUCGAACCCUUGCCAAAGUCUGUCCUAGGUGCCUUGGUGAUUGUUAACCUGAAGGGGAUGCUGCUACAGGUGACUGAAGUGCCUUACCUGUGGACGAGAGACCGGCUGGACUGUGUGGUGUGGCUGGGGACGUGCGUGGCGUCCAUCCUGCUGGGGCUGGACCUGGGGCUGGCCGCGGGGCUGGGCAUCGAGCUGUUCACAGUCGUCUUCAGGGCUCAGUUUCCCCGUUGUGCAGUGAUGGCCAACAUCUCGGGCACCGAUCUGUACAGAGACCGCAAGGAUUACCUCUGUAUCUCAGAACCAGAAGGAGUGACGAUCUUCAGAAUCCCCUCGCCCAUAUUCUUUGCCAACAUUGAGUUCUUCAGGACGAAGCUAACGGAAGCUGUGGGGUUCAGUCCUCUAAGAGUGUUAAGGAAGCGGAACAAGGCCUUGAGGAAGAUCCGGAAGAAGGGGUCACUAUUGGUUACAAGGAGAGGAAUUUUGCCCACUGGUUCCUCCCCCAUUGAUGAGUCGGAGGACGAACGCAACAUGGAGGAUCUGGACCUGCCCCCUGAUUACUCCGACCUGCCCGUGGAGGUCAACUGGAACUCCCAGCUCCCUGCCAACUUCUGUGUACCCCCGGUGCCCAUCCACAGCCUCGUCCUGGACUUCGCCGCCGUCUCUUUCCUGGACACGUCUGCCAUGAAAGGCCUCAAAGCCGCAUUAAAAGAAUUCAUACGAGUGGAUGUGGAGGUCUACAUAGUGUCCUGUGAUGUGGAUAUUUUGGACAAACUCUACAGGUCUAAGUUUUUUGACGACGAGAUCAGGAUAUCUAUGUUCUUCCCAACGCUUCACGAUGCCAUGAUGUACGUGCAAAGGAAACAAGACAACACACGCAAGGACGAGCUGAAAGAUGUUUACAUCCAGGCAGAGGUUUCCUCCACCCAGAUCUAGCGAUGAAACUCCUUCCCGUGUCAACAGAUCUCUUUGCAUCAGUUAUUCCAAAAGGUCCAUCCAGUUGUAACUCACUAAUGCAUAAAGUCUUUUUUUUUCUCUGAAAUGCACAUCUGAAAAAAAGCAUGGCAUCAUCUUUUCUCCAACAAUUUUAUAAGCUGUCUCUUUUCCUCAAUUUUGCAUUCAAUAAUACAUACCUUUUUUCACAUUUUUAUAUAAAAAUUAUAGAAACCGUGUUCUUGUUUAUGUGUUCAG